UUCCCGCCCGCGCGCAUGCGCGGCGCCGCCCCCCUCACCCGGCCCGUCCGGGCUCGCACUGCGCAUGCGAGCGGCCGGCUGUACGGCGGCCGGGAAGCGGCGGGAGCCCGAUGGGGGGGGGGACGAAGGGGGACGGGCUCGGCCCCGGCGCCGGAGGACGCGGGGAAGAUGGCGGCGGCGGCGGCUGCGAACGGGGCGGGCGGGAGCAGCGGGAUGGAGGUGGAUGCGGCAGUGGUCCCCAGCGUGAUGGCCGCCGGGGUGACGGGCAGCGUGUCGGUGGCCCUGCACCCGCUGGUCAUCCUCAACAUCUCCGACCACUGGAUCCGCAUGCGGUCGCAGGAGGGCCGGCCCGUGCAGGUGAUCGGCGCCCUGAUCGGGCGGCAGGAGGGGCGCAACAUCGAGGUGAUGAAUUCCUUCGAGCUGCUGUCCCACACCGUGGAGGAGAAGAUCGUCAUCGACAAGGAGUACUAUUACACCAAGGAGGAGCAGUUCAAGCAGGUGUUUAAGGAGCUGGAGUUCCUGGGCUGGUACACUACGGGGGGCCUCGCUCCCCGUGUCUCCCCCUCCCCGCCCCGUCCCCCGCUUUCCGUCGCAGUGUGCAAGUACCUGAGCUCGGAGCUGCAGGGGGAGCUGGGCCGGAGCAGCGGGUCGCGGGAGGUUCUGGAGCUGGGGCAGGUGCUGGACACCGGCGGCAGGAAGAGGCGCGUCCCCUACAGCACCUCGGAGACCCGCCUGGAGGAAGCGUUAGAUCACCUGUGUGACCGCAUCCUCGACUACAAAGUCCACGCCGAGCGCAAGGGCAGCUUACGCUACGCCAAGGGGCAGAGCGAGACCAUGACGACGCUGAAGAAUCUGGUGCAGCGGGGGGUGAAGGUGGACCUGGGAAUCCCCCCCGAGCUCUGGGAUGAGCCCAGCGUGGAGGUGACACACCUCAAGCAGCAGUGUGAGACGAUGCUGGAGCGCUUCGAGGACGUGGUGGAGGACUGGUACUUCCGGCACCAAGGGGAGCCGCUGCAGGCCUUCCUGUGUGAAGGUCACGUGCUGAAGGAGGGGGAGACCGCUUGCCUGCAGGAAACCUGGACGGGGAAAGAUGAGGAAGAGGAGGGAGAAGAGGAAGAGAGAGAAGGAAAAGAAAGGCCCGUGGACUCCCAUCACGACCCUUCGGAGUUUUGAUCUUCCACCUUGGGUGACCUCGGACGAGUCGCUUCACUUCUCCCGGCCUCAGUUCCCUCAGGAUUAAGACCGUGAGCCCCAGGUGGAACGGGGACUGGAUCCGACCUGAUUAGUCUGUAAUCUAUCCCGGCGCUUAGUACGGUGUACAGUGCGAAGCGGCGUGACACGGGAGGAAAGAGCCCCGGUUUGGGAGCCAGAGGACGCGGGUUCUAAUCCCGGCUCUGCCGCUUGUCUGCUGGGUGACUCUG